AUGGCGAGUGCCCGAAAGAAGAGCAAGCAGGCGGCUAACGGCCUCGUGUACGACAUCUUCCUCUGGGUUUUCACCGUGGUGGUCGAUCUCUUCUUCCGUGAAAUCCAUCCACGGUCAUCAUGGCGAAUCCCCAAAAAGGGACCCGUCAUCUUCGUUGCUGCUCCUCACGCCAACCAGUUCAUCGAUCCGUUGAUCCUGAUGCGAGUGGUUCGCCAGGAUGCGCACCGCCGAAUCGCCUUCCUGGUAGCGGAAAAGAGCAUGCGGCGGAAAUUCAUCGGAUGGGGYGCAUCGCUGGUGGGUUCGGUGCCUGUCGGCCGGGCAUUGGACUUGAAGAAGCCGGCGGAAGGGAAAAUAUUUCUGCCAGACCCCGAGGGCGAUCCGACUGUGAUCAAGGGUACGGGUGUGGACUUUCAGAAUGGACAAUUCAUGCCAGGAGGACUGCUGGUGCUGCCGAGCGUGAACAAUAUUGCUGCCAAUACUGAAAUCGCGUCUGUUGUUUCCAAAGAUGAGAUUAAGCUGAAGAAGGCGUUCAAAGGAGACGUUGCAUUGAAACAGCUCACAGGCCAACCACUGCACGAUGGAAAUGGCAGUGCUGGAGGCCAGUCUCAGGGCGAUUCAUUCGAUGGGAUCAAGUUCAGCGUGGCUCCACACGUCGAUCAGGCCCAGGUGUACGACGACGUGUUCGCUCGCAUACAUGACGGAGGCUGCAUAGGAAUAUUUCCGGAAGGUGGCAGUCACGAUCGUACAGAGCUUCUGCCACUCAAAGCCGGACUGGCCAUCAUGGCCCUCGGUGCACUCGCGGAAGAUCCGGACUGUGGUGUCACUAUCGUGCCUGUGGGCAUGAAUUACUUCCAUGCCCACAAGUUUCGUUCGCGGGCUGUUAUUGAGUUCGGUGCCCCUAUCGAGAUCGAGCCGGAACUGGUUGAACAAUACAAGAAUGGUAGCAAGAGAGAUGCAGUCGGCAAAGUUCUUCAAAAUGUUUAUGAUGCACUUUCGACCGUCACGGUACAAGCACCAGACUACGACACGCUCAUGCUUAUUCAAGCCGUGCGGCGACUUUACAACCCCAAGGGAAAGAAACUACCUUUGCCGUUCGUUGUCGAGCUUAAUCGGAGGCUGAUCAAAGGCUAUCAAACGUACAAGGAUGACCCUCGGAUUGUCGAGAUCCGAAAAGAAGUUUUGGACUACAACAGGUCAUUAUUCCGACUGAACAUUCGCGACCAUCAGGUUUCAUAUGCCAAGUUCUCCUGGUAUGAGGUUGUUUUCACUCUGCUAUACCGAGUGGGCAAGGUGCUUCUCCUCUUAUCAGCAUGCUUGCCGGGUGUCAUCCUCUUCGCGCCAGUCUUCAUCCUUGGCAAAGUAAUAUCUCGCAAGAAGGCUCGCGAGGCGCUGGCUGCAUCAACGGUCAAGGUCAAGGCUCGAGACGUCAUGGCGACCUGGAAGAUCCUAGUCUCUCUUGCCCUCGCACCCGCCUUGGAUGUCAUGUAUACUAUCAUCUUGGUAUACUGGACCUGGAGCAAUCGUGUCUGCGGAUACAUGCCCGAUUUCGUCCCCCUCUGGUUCGUUUGCGUCUUCGGUCUCAUCUUCUUUCCCUCGGUCUGCUUCGCAGCACUUCGCUUCGGCGAGAUUGGCAUGGACAUCUUCAAAUCCUUGCGACCUCUGAUGCUCUGUAUCAAUCCUACCCAGAGCAACACAUUUGUCCAGAUUCGUCAAAAGCGCGAGGAGCUGACACGACGAAUCAACGAUAUUAUCAAUGAGCUUGGACCAGAACUCUUCCCAGACUUUGACCAACAGCGCAUACUCAGUGAUGCGGACCACCCACUACAUUCACCAACACGUUCAAGGCCUACUACACCUACGCACCGUCGCGAAGGCAGCGAGAACGACGCCCUACAAUUUACCCCUACCAGCCCAUCCAAUUCAAGCCCACUGGCUGCACUCACAUCCACGCUACCUCGCAAUGAAAGCUUCACAAACAUUGGAUCAAUUGGUCUAUUCGCAACCAGACCAGGAACACCCAACCGCAGCCGAAGUCGCAGUCGCGCGAACUCGAGCGAUUUCAGGUCAGGUUUCAACAAACUCACCUCCAUCAAUUCUGUCGAAGGCACCACUGGAAGCAGUAAUCUGGAUCAGGUGAGCAAGAACCUACACGAUGCGAUGCGUGAGCGUGGAAGAAGAAGGAAGAGCGUAGAUGGAUGGCAAGUUGGAAGCGAGGAAUUGAGUGAAGAUGAGGAGGAUGAUGAUGAUGAAGCAGUGAAGAAGGAGGUAUAA